GCGGUCAGUGGGCGUGGCGUGACCCGCUCUACGUCACGUUUUACGGACUGACUACUGCCCCGGGCAACACUGUGUAACGGCGUAUCCUAGCAACCGGCGUCUCCUGACUUUCCCGGCAUGUCCCGCGGCAGCGCCGUGUAACCGCUGCUGCUGUUAUUAUUAUAGCGGAAUCCGGACAUUGUUUGCGCUGUACUGCUGCCCGGGGGCACUUACCGCGGUGCACACACACAGCCCGGGCCGGCCGUACAGCUGUAACCAUCGCCGCACACAUCGCCAUGCUGCUGCUACACACCGCUAUUCUAUCAGUGAUUACUCCAUGGCCGUCAUCUGACUGCGGGGUAGCCGGUGGCCGGCGUGCGGUGUCCGAGCUGUAGUGUGCGCGUCUGUCUGUACAGUCCCGGGGAGCUCAGACAGGGUCAUUCAAGAUGGCUCCUGCUUUGGAUUGGGGGAAGCUCAUGAAGGUGGAUCCAGAUGUCCUACCUAAUCAAGAAAAAUUAGCAGAUAAAAUGCUGAAAACUUUGACACAGGUUACUAGUGCAGAUUUAAAAGGAGAGGCCAAUGAAAAUAUGAUACAGCUUUUCCGAAUUACACAGUCUUUAAUGAAGAUAAAAUCUCACGAGGUAGAGCUUGCCUUAGAAGAAGCAGAGAAAGCUGGAGAAGAGCAAGCCAAGAAUGAAAACCAAUUAAGAAAUAAAAUUAAGCAGCUGGAAAAUGAAAUAGAGAUGGCACAGCUGUCUACUGGAACCAGAGAUUCACGUUUUUUACGGGAAGAAAUUCGUCAGCUAGAGGAACAGCUGGGGCAGAGAGAGCGUGAACUGAAAGACAUGAGAAAGGAGCUGGAAAAAGAGAAACAAGUUAAUGAAAAACUUGCACUUCGAAAUGAGGAGGCUGAUAAUGAAAACAGCAAGUUAAGAAGAGAGAAUGAACAGCUACGACAAGAUGUUAUAGACUAUCAGAGGCAGAUUGACUCCCAGAGAGAAUCUCUUAUGUCCCGUGGAGACGAACAAGACUACAAGACUCUCAUUUCCAAAAAGAACAUGGAACUUGUACAAUACCUUGAUGAAAUUCAGAGCUUGAAUGAAUCAAAUGAGAGGUUGGAAGUCCAGAACCAGGAAAUGACAAGAAACUUGGAAGAAUCUGUGCAAGAAAUGGAGAAAAUGACUGAUGAGUACAGCAAAAUGAAGCUGAUAGUGCAGCAAAGUGACAGCAUUAUGGACCAACUAAGGAAGGAAAAAGAACACUACCGACUUCAGGUUAUGGAGCUAACAGAGCAGUUAAAGGCCAAGAAUGAGGAAGAUGAUCCGGUUAUGGUAGCUGUAAAUGUAAAAGUGGAGGAAUGGAAGAGGAUCUUGUCGUCUAAAGAUGAAGAGAUUAUGGAGUAUCAACAGAUGGUGCACAACCUAAGAGAGAAACUGAAAGUCGCUCAGUUGGAUGCAGACAAAAGCAGUGUUAUAGCGCUUCAGCAGGGUUUGCAGGAACGAGACAGUCACAUCAAGAUGCUGACUGAUCACUUGGAGCAGCACACUAAGGAAAUGGAUUCACAUUCUCUUCAUAUUGAAGAUCUAAAACGGCAAUUCCAAGCAAAUAUAGGGGACUCCCAGAGAAAUCAGUCUGCCGAACUUCAAACAUUGUUGCAGCACAUGGAGCAAAGACUCAGAGAAGCAGAGCGUGUUGCAGAAUUGGCAGAGAAUGAUGCCAGGCAAAAAGACAAAGAUCUAAUUGACGCGCUUACAAGAAUGAGGGAUUAUGAAACGGGAAUUUAUGGCCUCGAAGAAGCGGUUGCUGAAGUUAAGGAUUUAAAAACACAUCUAAAUAUUAGAGAUCGUGAAAUUGAGGCACUGACCAUAGAUAUAAACAAACUGGAACUGAAGGUGAACGAUAUUCUUGAUGAAAAUGAAGAUCUCCGAGAACGUUUGGGUCUUGAUCCCAAAACUAUAAUUGAUCUGACUGAAUUCAAAAAUGUGAAGACGCUCAAACAACAACAGUACAGAGCUGAAAAUCAGGUUCUUUUAAAAGAGAUUGAACGGCUAGAGGAGGAAAGAAUUGAACUUAAACAGCAAAUUCGUAAGCUGGCGCAAGAGAAAGGAAAAAGAGCUGCGUCUCUUGGUUUGAUAGCUGAUGACUUGUUUUUGAAUUCGAAUUUCCCUGCUGACCUGCAGUCUAGACAAAAAAGCUCCAGCUCCAUGUUGCUGAACAGUACAGAGGAAAUUAGGGGAAAGAACGAGCAUCUGAAAAAACAGUUAAAUGACAAAGAGAGAGAACUAGAACGAAGCGGUAUGAUUACUGCAGAAUUCAAAUUUAAAGUGAAAGAGCUAGCUGAAGAAAAUAAGCAACUUCAACAAGGGAUGGGAGAAAUUUUACAAGCCAUUAAGGACUCUCAGAAAGGAGAUGAAGCUACUCUCAUUAUCCCUAGUCUAGAGCGACUGGUUCAUGCUAUUGAAGCAAAGAAUUCUGGUGGUGUAUUUGAUGCUGGUUUGCACCUGAAAGCCCAAAUUGAUCAACUUGCAGGGAGAAAUGAGGAGUUAAGGCAAGAGCUUAAAGGAUCACGAAAAGAAGCUGCACAUUUUUCAAACCUACUGUCAAAAGCAAAUGAUAAGGUUUUACAUCUUGAAAAGGAAGUUACACUUCUGCGUCAGUCAGAAGGAGCUAACAUUGUGUUCAAAGCUGUGAAUCUUCCUGAAGGAAUGCCUCUCUCCAGCACCAAUCUCAUCAACUCUCUGAACGAGUAUCUCUUGCAUCUUCUACAGGAAAUUGACUUGAAAGAACAAUCUGUGUCGAAGUUAGAGGAAGCACUAGAAGACUACAAGAGAAAAUUUGCAGUGAUACGGCAUCAGCAAGGUCUGAUAUACAAAGAGUAUCAGAGUGAAAGAGAAUCCUGGCAGCUGGAAGUACAGAAGUUCAAAGAAGAAAAUUCCAAACUGACAAGUCAGAAGGAACAGGAUGCAGUACAAGUAAAAGAGUAUAUGAAUUUAUUAGAAACACUAAAGAUGGAGCCAGAUGACAUGAAAAAGCUGCUUGCCGAAAACUCCAGAAAAAUGACUGUACUGCGAGUUAAUGAGAAGUCACUAACUAGGAGAUACACAACAUUGCUGGAAAUGGAACAACAUUUGCGUAAAGAAAAUGACAAACUGAAGAAUGAAAUUUCUGACAUGGAGACUGCUGUAGGAGAAAGGAUUGGAUAUCUGCAGAGAUACAAGGACAUUGCUGCUUAUAAAAUGGCUGCAUUACAAAAGACUUUGGAUGAGUGUGUCCCUUUAUCAGACUUACAAAUGGCCAAUAAACAGUAUAAUGAGCUAACUGCCAAAUAUAGGGACAUGCUGCAGAAGGAUAAUAUACUUGUACAAAGAACAGCAAACCUAGAGCAUUUAGAGCAUGAAAAUACAUCACUGAAUUCACAGAUUUCUUCCUAUGUGAAAGAACUUGAAAUAACUAAAGAAAAACUCAAUACUCUGGAGCAGGUCUGGGAGCACGUAGGUGCAUUAGGAGGUAAUACUGCAAUGGACAAAGCCACCAAAGCAAUAACAAAUAAUGAAAUUGUUUCAAUUUCUAAAAAAAUUACCAUGCUGGAAAUAAAAGAGCUAAAUGAGAGGCAAAGAGCCGAGCAUUCCCAAAAAAUGUAUGAACAUUUGCGAACCACGUUAAUACAAGUAGAGGAACGAAACUUUGAACUUGAGUCCAAGUUUGCUGAGCUUACCAGAAUCAACAUUGAGGCACAGAAAGUAGAACAAGCAUUAAGGGAUGAGCUUUCAAACAGCAUAAGUAAAGUAAUCUCUGAUGCAGACCGAAGAAGAAUUAUGGAGUUGGAGAAAAGUGAAGCGGAACUGAAGGUUGAGAUCUCAAAGUUGCAUAGCCUUUCUGAUAUAGCUAAAGCACAAGUUUCAACGUUAGUUUACCGUCAGCAGUCACGAGAGAAGGAGGUAGAGUCCCUCCGGAACCAAGUGCUGGAUUUCCAGGAUCAAACUGAUGAGAAAGCGCUAAUUGCAAAAUUACAUCAGCAUAUUGUAGCUCUUCAAGUUAGUGAGUCAACUGCUGUAGCAAAGUUAGAGGCCACGACAGCCAAACUGCACAAAUUGGAGGCCUAUAGUUUACGUUUAGAACAGAAAAUUGACGACAAAGAGCAGGCAUUGUAUUAUGCCCGUAUGGAAGGAAGGAACCGAGCUAAACAUCUCCGCCAUACCAUUCAAACACUGAGACGGCAGUUCAGUGGUGCUCUGCCGUUAGCCCAACAAGAAAAGUUCUCAAAGACCAUGAUGGAUUUACAGAACGACAAGCUAAAGACUAUAAGUGAAAUGCAACUUGUUCAACAGCAACGCAGAGAUACAGAGACCCAUGCACUGGAGCUAGAGCUAAAAUUUAAGGGUUUAGAAGAACUUCUUGCCACUCUUAAAGAUGCCAGGGGUGCUCAGAAGGUUACAGAGUGGCACAAGAAGAUGGACGAAAUGCGGCUUCAGGACUUGAAACUUACUCGGGAAUUAAAGCAAAAAAAAGAAGAGAUCAAAUAUUUGAAUAAUAUCCUCUCUGAACAGGAACACACAAUUAGCAAUUUGGAGGAAGAGCUUGUUCAGCAAGGCAAAUUUCAUGAGGAACGUCAAAUGUCCUGGGAUCAAAGAGAAGUAGAACUAGAACGUCAGCUAGAUAUGUAUGAACAGCAGCAACAUGAAGUUCUCAGUACUGCUCGGAAGUUUGAAGAGGCCACAGGAGGAGUUCCUGAUUCUAGUCUACCUCUACCUGAACAACUUGAAAUAGCACUAUGCAGAAUAAAAGAGCAUGUUAGGACCAUCUUGGAAACAAAAACUGUAUGUAGAACACUAGAAGAGAAAAUUAAACAGAAAGAAUCUCUGCUCUGGACAGCAGAACAAAAUGUGCUGAGCCGUGAUAAAGUAAUAAAUGAAUUGAGAUUGCGAUUGCCUGCAGUUAUAGACCAGGAGAAGGUAGUGUCCGAGUUACCCGAGGCUUCACAGUUACGCCAGGUUGCUCAUCAAACUAUUGAAAACAUGCAAGCUCGCCUUAAUCAAAAUGAAGGAGUUCUGAAAAAAUACCAGCAUCUUCUGGCUAAAGCAAGAGAGGAGCAGCAAGAAAGUGCAAAAAAGCAUGCUGAGGAUCUCAGAGUGCUGCAUCAGAAGCUGGACCUGCAUUCAGAUGCCUCCAUUAGCAAAUUUAAGGAGGCUGCCUUGGACUUGAUGAAGAAACCUACUUUACAUAUCCCAUCAAGUGAGCAGCUAAUACGUCUAGCAGAAAUGGAACAGACCGUCAUUGAACAAGACAACUCACUGGCUACACUUUCCAAAAAACUAAAGAAUGUUACAUCACAACUGGACAGGGAGAAGCAAUUACAUAUGGCAAAAAUAAAUGAGCUAGAAACCAACAAAGCCAGGCUUGAAGAAAAUUAUAUUUUGGAAGUAAAAAGACAUAAGAGUGAAGCCGAAGAGCUAAGAAAUCGCGUCUCUGAGAUGGAAAAGGAAAUUCAUUACCUUAACACUGAACUAGAAGCUCAGAAAGAGGCAAAUACCAGAGCUCCAACUGCAACUAUGAAGAAUCUGGUUGAACGUCUAAAAAACCAAGUAAUCCACAAGGAAAAGCAGCAAAAGGCUUUAAGUAAAGCUCUUCUUGCGCUAAGGGCAGAAAUGACAGCUCAUGCUGAACAGCAGAUUAUUUCUGUUGCUGCACAGAAGGAGGAAAAUCUUAACGUUCAGCAGAUCGUUGACCGACAGACCAAAGAUUUAAAGGCACGAAUUGAAGAUUUAAAUGAACAACAGCUAAAGCUAAAAGAAGCAUUGAAAAAUGGCAAGACCAGGGAGAAUAACCUCACAGAAGACCUUGGAAACCUAAACCAGGAGCUGCGAGACAAACAAAAAAUGCUUAAUAAACUGCAAAAAGAAAAAGAUGACGUUGAUAAGGAAAAUGAAGAAUUGAAGAAAAGGCUAAAACGGCUGACAAGCAGCAUACAGAGUAAGUCAGACGUGGAGAGUAAACAGAGCCUGGUCGAUGAACUUCACAAGAAAAUUAAAAGACUAGAAGCGGAGGUAGAGAAAAAAAGUGAGGAAGCUGAAAGAAAACCUCCACGAGAAGAUAAGAGCUCUAAAGAAGAGAUAAUCAAGUGGGAAGAAGGCAAAAAGUGGCAGAAUAAACUGGAGGUAAUGCGCAGCAAGCUAAGGGACAAGGAGAAGGAAGUGGAGUCUCUAACAAAACAGCUGACCACGCUCAAAGAGUUAUACUCCAAAGUUGACCAAGAGAAAUUGGUGUUACAAAAGAGACUCAAAUCUCGUGGUGUAACAGUGGAUCAAGUAGUUGGGGUUCGAACUGUGGAAUCAGAAAGAGAACUGGAAGAGCUCCGGAAAAAAAAUAAUGAAUUAGAAAAUGAAAUUUCUUACAUGAAAACAAAACAAGCUUUACCGCGUGAUUCUGUGGUAGAUGAUCUGCACUUAAAAAAUCAAUCUCUACAAGAAAAGCUUCAGGCAUUGGAACGUCAGAUUUCAAGGGAAAAUCUGUCCAGGCCCUCUACAUCUGGUGUAGGAUCAGAAGAUCAGUCUAUUAGAGAGAUGGAACUUCAGAAAGAGAAUUUGAGACUGUCUUCUGAAAAUGUUGAGCUGCAAUUUCAGCUGGAACAAGCUAUUAAAGACUUACCACGUUUAAAGGAUCAAAUAACUAAUUUAAAAGAAAUGUGUGAUCUUCUCAAAAAAGAUAAACUGGAAGCUGAGCGUAAACUUGGAAAUGUGCGAGGGUCUGGAAGAAGCGGUAAGACCAUGCCAGAGCUGGAAAAGACUAUUGGUCUGAUGAAACGGGUGGUUGAAAAAGUACAAAGAGAGAAUGAGGAACUUAAAAAGGCCCCUGGCAUUGUAACAAAUGAAAAAUUAUCAAAUCUAGAGCUGGAAAAUGAAAGACUUAAGUCAGAACUUGAAAAGCUGCAGCUCCAUGUAGGUGGACAGCUAAGUACGAGAUAUGAAGCAAAGACAAAAGGCAUGGAAAAAGUCAUUGCUGAAAAUGAGAGACUUCGUAAAGACUUGAAAUCGGAAACUGAAACUUCAGAAAAAUUAAGAAUAGCAAAAAGAAAUUUAGAAGUUAUUAAUGAAAAAUUGUCAACACACUUAGAAGAAACCAGAAAUAAAUUGAGCUUUGCAGAAAGCAGGGGACCACAACUGGAAGGAGCAGAAAGCAAAGCCUGGAAAUCUGUGGUCGUAAGCAAGAUGUAUGAAACAAAAAUGAAGGAGGUGGAAGCAGAACUUAUUAAGAAAAAUUACAGUAUUGUUGAUCUGAAAAGGCUAUUGAGAGAAGCAACUGAGCGUGAACAGAAAACAGAACAAACAAUACGGCACCUAAAAGAUGAAAUUGAUGUACUGAAGCAUUUUCCUGAAGGUGCAAAGACAAGUGAAGGCCUUACCACAGAUUUUCAGAUUCUCCGAUUGGCCAAUAAUCGCUUAGAAAGUGAAAAGUCUGAGCUGGUUCACCAGCUGCAAAUAUAUAAACAACAAAUUGGGCCUGAUAAAGUACAUGAAAGUGAAAGAACACACAACAAGUUGAUGGCGGAAGUAGUAGAUCUCCAAACAUACAUUAAAACUUCAGAUCUGGAGAAACAACACUUUAAGGAUGAGAUUAAAAGGUUGAAAAAGGAACUUGAAAACUUUGAUCCUACAUUUUUUGAAGAGAUUGAAGAUCUAAAGUAUAACUAUAACGUAGAAGUUAAAAAGAAUAUUCUCCUUGAGGAAAAGCUUAAGGCUCUUUCACAACAGUUUGGGGUUCAUAUUCACAUUCCAACCAAUGUGGAUUGCUGAGGUAAUAGUCACAAUAGGGUGUAUGUUUUGCCAGUUUUCUAGAAAACAUGUUACUACAUACUGUACUGUAGUAACGCAUUUAGAGUCACUUUUAAAAAGGUAUGUUAAAAACAAAAAUGGUACAUUUAUUGAUGUCAUUACCAAGAUAAAGCAGGUUAAGGAGCUUAAAAAUAUGUAUAUAGUAUGUUACGGAGACAUGAAUACAGGGUCCAUAUCUUUUCAAUAAAUAUAUUCUAUACAAAUUACUGAUUUAUAGUCGCAAUUCCACUGCGUGCCAUUAUGGCUACAUCCUAUUGCUGAGUACAGGUUGAGUAUCCCAUAUCCAAAUAUCCGAAAUACGGAAUAUUCCGAAAUACGGACUUUUUUGAGCGAGAGUGAGAUAGUGAAACUUUUGUUUUCUGAUGGCUCAAUGUACACAAACUUUGUUUAAUACACAAAGUUAUUAAAAAAUAUUGUAUUAAAUGACCUUCAGACUGUGUGUAUAAGGUGUAUAUGAAACAUAAAUGAAUUGUGUGAAUGUAGACACACUUUGUUUAAUGCACAAAGUUAUAAAAAAUAUUGGCUAAAAUUACCUUCAGGCUGUGUGUAUAGGGUGCAUAUAAAACAUAAAUGCAUUCUGUGCUUAGAUUUAGGUCCCAUUGCCAUGAUAUCUCAUUAUGGUAUGCAAUUAUUCCAAAAUACGGAAAAAUCCGAUAUCCAAAAUACCUCUGGUCCCAAGCAUUUUGGAUAAGGGAUACUCAACCUGUAAUAUAAAGAGUAUGCUCAUACAGAUUUUUAAUAAAGAAAAAACAAAGCAUACUAUACUUAUUUUUUUCAGACUGUGUAACAGUUUAGAGGUUUUCAAACUUUGUAGGAAUACAUUUUUCACAUUUUGUUAUUUUAUACACAUCUGUAAAUUAGCAAUGCACUAAAUGAUCCUCCUAGGGUUGUAUGUUUAUAGGAUGUCAUUUGUUUUUUAUUUAAAUAAAAGAUUAUUUUUUCCCA